CUACCUAGGUACUCAGAUAGCUAACCUCCUAUCCGUGUAAGUAAUUUUGCCUCUGUUUGGCUUAAUCCACUCCAGAUGUAGAUUUGUAGAUUAGGUCGGUAGGUACAGUAGGGUCGACUUACUGCUGCAGGUGGCGUACCUCCCUACAUUAUGUACAUCUGAAUCUUGGUCAACAGCCAAAAAUAUAUCUGCUCCAUCGCCCGCAACAUCUCGACUAUCGCACCUCGACCAUUUCUUCAUACUCCUUUUUACUUGUAUCGACCAUUCUAUUCCCUCUAGUAGUAGCGUCGUCAAGCCAAUUGGCAUCUUCUAGCUCAAUUGGUCCGAGGGUUGCGUUGGUCUGCCCGUCUUAGUUUUUCAACACGUCGACCAAAUUUUCUCCCCCAUCUACCUCCAAUCCACAAUGGGGGGUCUCAAAGAAGUUCUCUACUUUAUGUUCCACCCCAACCAACUGCGCGCUAUAAUCCAGUGGAAACUAUGGCACGAACCUGUCCACCAGCGCGACCCUUCCAAGGAGGCGCCGACUCUACAGUCAUGCUUCAAGUUCCUCAAUAUGACGAGCCGUAGUUUUUCCGCCGUCAUUCAAGAGUUGAACCACGAAAUGCUCGUACCCAUUGCCCUCUUCUACCUUGUUCUCCGUGGUCUCGACACCAUCGAGGAUGACAUGACCAUCUCAGCCUCUGUGAAGGAACCCAUGUUGCGCGACUUCUAUAAGAACCUGAAGAAAGAUGGCUGGACAUUCAAUGGCAAUGGGCCCGACGAGAAAGACCGUGAGCUCCUAGUUCACUUCGACGACAUUAUUGCCGAAAUGAAGAAGCUCAAGGACAACUACUUCAAAAUCAUCGAGGACAUCACCAUCAAAAUGGGUAAUGGUAUGGCCGACUAUGCUAUCAAUGCUGAAUUCCAGUCUGGCGUCGUGACUGUUGCCGAGUAUGAGAAAUAUUGUCAUUAUGUGGCUGGUCUUGUGGGUGAGGGCUUGACACGUCUUUUCGUCGAGGGUGGCUACGCAAACCCAGCCCUGCUCGAGCGCAUGGAGCUCACCGAGAGCAUGGGCCAGUUCUUGCAAAAGGUCAACAUCAUCCGUGAUGUGCACGAGGACUUUGAAGACAAUCGUCGAUUCUGGCCCAAGGAUAUCUGGGGCAAGUAUGUCGGCAACUGGGAGGAUCUUUUCGAUCCUAAAUAUCGUACCCAGGCUCUUCACUGUAGCUCUGAGAUGGUCCUCAACGCCUUGAAGCACGCCGACGAGUGCCUCUUUUACAUGGCUGGCAUCAAGGAGCAGAGCGUCUUCAACUUUGUCGCCAUUCCUCAGACCAUGGCGAUUGCUACAUUGGACCUCGUCUUCCAAAAUCCUAAAAUUUUCAACAGUCACAUUAAAAUUACCAAGGGCGACGCUUGCCAGUUGAUGACACAGUCAACCCAAAACCUACGUCUUGUUUGUGAUGUCUUCCGGAAUUACGCGAGACGGAUAGCGAGGAAAAACGACCCAAGAGAUCCUCACUAUCUUGAGAUCAGCAUGGCAUUGGGCAAGCUUGAACAAUUUAUUGAAACAUUAUUCCCGUCACAAGACGUGAGACGCGUGAAAGCGCUACAUGCCGAACAAGCCAACCAGUCGUCAUCAUCAGGCGAACUCUGGGAAUCCCUGAUGUUGGUACUGGCUGUCGUAUUCUGCUUGCUCCUUAUAUCAGGACUUAUGUUAGGUAGUGCGUGGGCAAUGGGGGCUCGGUGGGGUCCGAUGAUGGGCGAUGGGAUCGCCUCGAAGGUCGAAGAAGCCGCCAAAAUAACGGCCAAAAUAACUCACGGAGAGUUAUAAUGUCCUUGUCCUUGUAUUACUAUCGGUUUAUGAUGCCCUUCCUACUCAUGAUGACGAAAUUCUUUUAUUUAACAAAUAGUAUACCGGCGUCGCAAUUGGGACCUAAUGAGGUCGUAUCGGUCAGGGCCACAGACUAAGGGACAAGGGCCUGCUUUGUCUUUACCAUUGUCGUUGGUUCAUACUCUACCAUAUCGCAAUUCUAAGCUCUGAGGGAGGUGGGAGGCCCAACAAAGAAACUGCCCCCAAAUGCACG